UUGGGAGACCUCAGAUGUGCAAGAGAGAGGCUGUGCCACAAUGAGAGGACUGGCUGUUUUUAUCCUUCUUGGUGCAUUAUCGAUGCCUUCAAACCUGGAACUUUCUCAACCCGCCUUCUUUUUUGAAAGUGAACUUGGUGAUGAUGUGACUCUGAAAUGUUCAGCAACUGGCUUUGAUCAACGGUUGCUUUACUGGUUUAAAUUCCAGUUUGGAUAUAAGAUCCAGUUAAUUUCAAAAACCCCUGGAGGAGGACCACAUCUUGAAAACGAGUUUGACUCCUCCAGAUUCAUUUCCACUCAAACUGGUCAAGAACAUGUUCUUAUCAUAAAAAAUGUCAGCAAAGAAGAUCAAGGGACAUACUUUUGUCAGGCUGGAUCCUCAUACAACAUGGAAUUCAUCAAUGGCAGUUUGUUAGUUGUUAAAGAUCCUAAAACUAAGCACAUAUUCAACAACGUGGAAAAAGGUCCAGGUGUGGAGUUGGUCCAGGAGGGAAACACAGUCAAUCUUCAAUGUUCAGUUAUUUCAAAAACCAAAGAGAAUCCAACAGAGUGUGCAAGUGAACACCAAGUGUACUGGUACAAAGCGGCAUCAGCAUCUGGUCCACAAAUCAUUCACACAACCACUUCCAAGUGUGAUGUUCAAGAAAAGAGAAGAUGUGACUACCAUCUGUCAAAAACCAUACACAACUCCUCGGAUUCUGGCCUUUACUCUUGUGCUGUGCUCUCGUGUGGAGAAAUCCUGUUUGGUGAAAGGACUGAAGUACAGAUAAAGGGUGCAUUGUCGUGGAAGGUCAUUGUUCUUGGUGCACUGACGACCUUCAGUGUAUUUGUGAAUGUCAUUCUAAUUCUAAUAAAAGAAAAGAAGAUGCCUGUUUGUGUCCAACACAAAGGAAAACAAAGGAACUGGAAUGAAUUAUUUAGUAUUGCAGUGUUCACAAAAAUACGACAAGACUGAAGAGCAAGACGGAAUUAAUGGAUAUUCAAAUAUUAGAAGAGGCCCACCCUAAACACAUGAUUCAUAUAAUCUAAAAACACUUUUUUUUGUUAAUCGUGGCCAGAUUAGCCCUUGGCUAGACUAUUGUUGUUAGUGCGGCAUUAAGCAGGUCAAACUUAAAAUAUGAUUCUGUCUCACCUUUUAAUUAACAGUUUACUGCUUCUUGGAUGACUGUCCUGUUCUCAGCCUGCUGAUUAGUUUUUCUUUUAUUCAUUUCCUCUCCUCCUGCUCCCUAUGAUUAAGCCUCAUGCUCUCAUAUAUGCUGCUGCUUCUGUUCACUCUAGUGCUAGUUAAUUUGCAUUGCUCUAUAGCUGUUUUGCUGUGGCUGCUGUGUUUAUUCUUGGAGGUUGCUACUGUGUUGUAUUGUCUUUAGGGAUGUUUAAAAGAGAGCACUUGUGUCAGUUUGACAUGGCGAUGCAUCAACAUGUUGUGUCCAGGAUUCAUAAACAUCACCAUCAGCGGAAGGCAGUGUGAGACAAGGCGGUUACCCUCAAUGGUCACGUCGUCCUUUUCUUUGACAUAGUAUUCAAUAAAUGUCUUGAUCAAAGUGAUGUUUUUUUUUUCUCCUUUUUUU